AUGUUGGUGACUGACUAUGCUGCGAAGUUCACUGAAUUGGCCAAAUUUUAUCCACACUUUGAUGGGGAGGGUGCAAAAUUUUCAAAGUGCAUCAAGUUUGAGAACGGGUUGCGCUCUGAAAUCAAGAAGGCUAUAGGGUAUCAGCAGAUCCGCAUUUUUCCUAACUUGGUAGACACCUGCAGAAUUUUUAAGGAAGAUAAUGUCGCUCAUUAUAAGAUUGUCAGUGAUAGAAGAGGCAAGCCGAAUCAGCAACGAGGCAAGCCUUAUGACGCUCCAGCUGGCAAGGGCAAACAGAGGGCUGCUCCGGGCCAGAGAACAAGUGGGGGAGGUGCUCCUGCCCCGAUUGUGUGUUUUAAGUGUGGAAAGGCUGGUCACAAGAGUACUUACUGCACUAACGAAGUUAAGAAGUGUUUCCAUUGUGGCAAGACUGGUCAUAUGAUGUCUAAAUGUAGACAUAAAGAAGUGGUUUGUUUUAAUUGCGGCGAAGAAGGACAUAUUGGAAGUCAAUGUCAGAAGCCGAAGAAGGCACGAGCUGGUAGUAAGGUGUUCGCGUUGGCUGGUACUCAGACAAGCACUGAGGACAGACUCAUUAGAGGUACUUGUUUCAUCAAUAGUAUACCUUUAAUUACCAUUAUCGAUACUGGUGCUACACAUUGUUUUAUUGCUGCUGAAUAUGUUGAAAGAUUGGGUCUUGUGCUAUCUUCUAUGAAUGGCGAGAUGGUAGUUGAGGUUCCAGCUAAAGGAUCUGCGACUACAUCUCUUGUUUGUUUAAAGUGUCCGUUGUCGAUCUUCGACAGGGACUUUGCUGUUGAUUUAGUGUGUUUGCCAUUAGCCGGGCUAGACGUAAUUUUGGGAAUGAACUGGUUAGAAUAUAACUAUGCUCACAUCAAUUGUUAUAACAAGACUGUGAGAUUUUCAACUGCCGAGGAGGAAGAAGCUGGUUUAGUGUCAUCUAAGCAGGUACAACAGUUGUUGAAGGAAGAAGCAGAGAUGUUCUCGUUGAUGGCAACAUUGUCAAUCGAGAAUCAGAAUAUCAUCGAUGAGCUACCGGUGGUGCGUGAAUUUCCUGAAGUUUUGCCUGACGAAAUUCCUAACGUGCCGCCAAAAAGAGGAAUUGAGUUUACGAUUGAUCUUGUACCUGGUACCAGACCUGUUUCUAUGGCACCAUAA